CCUCCUUUAAUACUUAAAACCACUUUAUUUUAAAGGAAACGCCGCUAAACAGGAUCUAUCCGGUACACAGUCGUCUUCAGGUAACGCAAAGGAGGUAUCCUGCACCUGGUGUUUCGUUCCGGAUAGGCUGCGGUUUAUGGUUAGCCGAGUAUCGAUUGUGCGGAAUGGACGAACCGAGCUCCCGACGGUGCCGGCUUUGCCUGCUCAGUCAAUUCAUGCUUGUGCCCAUGUUCCCGCCCAAGGAACCAGUCAACGAUAGCCUGCUGAAGAAGAUCCUCGAAUGCACCUCGCUGGAGAUCGUGUACGAGCACGAUCAUAGUUCGUUCAUCUGCAUCAAGUGCAUCGUGGAUGUGGAGCAGUUCUACAGCUUUCGAGAACGCUGCCGCCAGAGCGACCGCUUGCUACGCCAAACGCAUCAUGAUCCAUCGUUUAAGGAAGAUGAAGCGAUGGUAGUCGACCUGGAGGACAAUGACGAGCUGAGCAUGCUGACGAUGGAGCUAACGGAAACGUGCUUUGAGCCGACGGUUUUGUUAGAACUGGACUCCUUUGUUGGUCCCACCAAGCUCGUGCACAUCGGGUACAACUAUCGCGUGGUGCGUGUGAACGACGACCGGGAAGUGCUUAUCCAUCGACAACACCGGUAUUAUCGGUUGAACGAGCAGCACCAACAGUUUCAGCCAGAGCCCAGCAACCAGUGGAUAUGUGUUGCGCGAGGUCGUACUGGCUGUAUGGCUGCGCUAACGAUCACAGGGACGGCGCAGUACCCCGUAGCGCUUUUCACCAGCAAGGCCGUCAAACAUAAUCAUGCUUCGAGUAUGGUACAGAACAUCGGUACGCGAGAAGGCCAGUCCACGGUCGAGCAGACGGUACAGGUGCUACCCAACUAUAAGUUUCUGACGGAUUGUCAGCAACGGUUAAGGCUGCUAGCAUACGGCUAUCGUUACCGACUGAGGCGUGCACUGUUCAACGAUGGAUUAAGUCUAUGGGUCUGUGAACAGGACAAAUCGGGUGGCUGCGAGGCGCGUGUUAUGUUGUCGUAUGAAAAUGAAAGGGAACUGUUGGAAUACGACCAAGCACACAACCAUCCUCCGGUGAAGGAUAGCACGCGUCGCUCACCAAACACCCAGAGCGCACUGAUGGCUCAAAGGAAGCCAAAGGAUGGAGCCAAUCUGCACCAUGGCUACAACUUUACCAUCAUGGACGGGAAUCUCAUCUUCGGUAGGAACUGCUACAGAGCGAGUAAACCUUCGUUGGCCACGCUGUGGCGCUGCACAGGGCCAACGUGCAGUGGGGAGUUACGGGUAAAACGCAAAGUGGCUAAACUGGCCAACAAACAACACAAUCACCCACCGGCGCUACAGCAUGCCAACAAGCAUUCGCAACCGAAAUUAUUGCAACAGGGCAUCAACUAUCGUCUCGUCACGGACGGCAUCGGCACCGUCUGGUUGGUGUAUCGGAAGCAAAAAUUUAUCUUUAAAUCGAGCCUCAAAAAUGGCACCACCGAAUGGAACUGCAUCUGGCGAAGGCUGGGGUGUCAAGCGGUGUUGCAGAUGGUUCCAGACGAGCAGAUAGUUUACGCCAUUUCCUCGAAUAACCAUCGGCAUCGGGUACGAAACACGCUGGAAAAAUAUUUCCUUGCCGAAUCCGGUCGGACUGACGCCGAAACGACACUGUUGUCACUGGAGGAGUACGAGCUGCGUUGGAACGUUCGGUCGCGGCCGAUCAUAUGCCGAAAGGAUGAACGAUUCUACGCCCGGAAAGCAUUCACUAAUGGAACGGUGGUGUGGAACUGCACACGUUCGUUGGUAACCUGUUGUAGGGCGUACAUAGUGAUCGACAAAAGCGGCGCGAUCGCUGAGAAGUGGGAUGAGCAUGAUCAUACACCGAAAAGCUCGCUCAAGGAUAGACCAGCUGCCAAUGGCAAAAUGGUUAAUGCGAACGAUCUUGUCACGAGCCCCGGUCCGAUGCGCCUGAUGGCCGGAGGAUUCAACUACCGCCGGAUACAUGAUGUGCAUCUCGAUUUAGAGAUUAUCAUUUUCGCGGGUCACAUGUUUUACCGGGAGCACAACGUUGCCGAAGGUGAAGGGAACAUCUGGUACUUCUGUCUGCCGCAAAACGAGCCCGAUCCGUGCCCGGCUAAGAUUACCCUUAAACACAAUGGACUGUUGGCCGAGCAAAGUGGAGGACAUAGUCACACGGAAGCAUUGGUUCCGCGAACCGUUCAACCAGACCGCACCGAACAGGUUACGAUCAGCGGAGCAAAUUAUGAUCUCAUCUUCACGAUGGCCAAGUGUAAUUCCUUUAUCCGACAUGACGGUUGUACGUACCGAAUACACAAAGUACUUGCCGCGCAGAGUUGCUCCCAGUGGCGCUGUAUUCACAGCGAUGCCGGAUGCCAAGCGGCACUUACUGUUCCGCUCUCCCUCGAGCUACCGGCAUUUAGUAACGGUAGUCCACACGCCCAUACGACAAACGCAAAUGUGACCGGUCAAUCGCGCAAGGGCCGAAACGCGAAGAUAGAGGGGGUAGUUGAAGACUUUCGAUCGCAAACGGAAAUAGUACCGGUUACCCCUCUGUUCGAUUGGGCCCAAGAGCGAGUGACUAAGGAGGAAUCAACAUCCAAAGCCAUCGAUCCCAAUGCGAUAAUAACGUUUCAGAACGGACAGCUGUACGUGCGAAACGUCUGCGUCGAUGGCACGGAUGUGUCCCCGUGGAUUUGUGCCUUCCACUGGGCGCUGAACUGCACGGCUCGGUUUGACGAGGAUGAGGGAAGCGCUUGGACCCACAAUCACGAUCGUUUCGCUGCCGUUAGCUCCCCGGAACGGUUCGGGAUGCUGAAGACACUCAUCAGCCAAGGAUUCAUUCCGCAAGGAGGCCCAAUGCUUCUGAUGCCUGGCGCCAGUACGUUCUCGCAGUAUCAGCUGCUGCCGAGCAGUGUCCAUCGACAGUCACAACGCAACGUGACACUGAUCAUCGAUGAUAAUCGGUACAACUUCUACAAGGCGAAAAACAAUGGAGAGUGGCUGUGGCGCUGCGUCCGGCAUCGGUGGCAGGGCUGCAAGAUUGGUGUAGCCGUAUCACAUUGCUUCGGAAAGUACCAUUUCCAACCGUACGGCACCAUCAAUCACAACCACACCUAGGACAAAGCAUAAAUGCAAUUGAAUGACCUUUCUGAGCUGAGGGUAGCAUUAUCAUGAACCUAAAAUCCCUAAAAUUAUAAAGACUACUCCUACCCCCCUCUCCCUCAUCCGGUCCCUCAUAUUUUUAGUUAUGUUGUAAGUGUGUAUAAAGAUAUACGCGUACCUUCUACAAUAAAACACAUUUUAAAAAUAAUCUU